AUGUCCUCCACACCACCAUCAUCUUCGUCGAGAUCCUCUACGCCCGGAUGCGACAGCGAGGCACACCACGAACGCACGCUCACCAUCCUCUACGCUACAGAGACCGGGACGGCACAAGAUGUUGCUGACAGACUCGCGCGAGUCUGCCGCUGCCUGCACAUCCACGCGCGCGUUCACAGUAUGGAUGCGUACUCUCCGGCAGAGCUGAUCAACGAGCAUCUCGUCAUCUUUGUUGUAGCUACUACUGGUACUGGGCGCGAGCCUCGCGCGAUGACACCACUGUGGCAAACGCUGCUGCGCGCCGACCUGCCCGAAGACCUCUUCGAGGACCUCCACUUUGCGGUGUUCGGCCUCGGAGACACCGCAUAUGAAAAGUUCUGCUGGCCCGCGAAGUUGCUUAGUCGACGUCUGGAGGCUCUUGGUGGAACCGAGCUGUGCGCUAGAGGUGAAGGCGACGAACAGCACCAUCUCGGAAUCGAAGGCGCGCUUGCACCUUGGAUAGAGCAGCUUUCCGCGGUGCUUUUGGAGGCAUAUCCCCUCCCAGAUGGUCUCGAGCGCGAGCUGUUCGACAGCCUUCCUUCGCCGCGUGUCGCGAUCACAGAGGCGGACACGGACGCCCAGAUCACACGAAAGGAUCCUCUAGUCGCCGAUCGCGAGUACCAUACUGCAACCCUAGUGGUCAACAGUCGAUUAACCGCUGAGGAUUGGUACCAGGAUGUCCGACACUUCGAGUUUGAGCUCGCAGAGGACGUCGAAUAUGAUCCGGGGGAUGUUGCUAUCAUCCACCCGGAAGCUAUGCCUCAAGACGUGGAGGCGUUCUUGUCAUGUAUCGGCUAUGCGAACACUGCAGACGACCCAAUAGAGAUCCGCCAAACACUGCUAGACCAACACCUGCCCGACCACAUACCCACUAUUACGACUCUGCGCGAGGUGUUCACCCGCUACGUCGAUAUCAACGCCAUCCCACGACGAUCGUUUUUUGCCCUCCUGAAGCAUUUUACCCAAGACGACAUGGAGCGCGAGAAACUCGAAGAGUUCCUCAGCGAAGAGGGAGCGGACGACCUCUACGAAUACUGCCAAAAGCCACACCGGCGCAUCCACGAAGUCCUCGACGAGUUCCGCUCCAUCAAGAUCCCCCGCGAGUACAUCUUCGACCUCUUUCCCCCAUUGCGACCCCGUCAAUUCUCCAUCGCGAGCUCGAUCCGCGCCCACCAGCGCCGCAUACACCUCUGCAUCGCGAUCGUCCAGUACCGCACCAUGCUCAAGAUCCCCCGCCGCGGCGUCUGCACGACGUGGCUCGCCAAUCUUAAGCCCGGGGACAAGCUCCAGAUCGGCCUACAGAAGGGAUUCAUUACUCUGCCAAACGACCCUGCUAUUCCCGUUAUAUGCGUUGGGCCUGGCACUGGCGUCGCGCCCAUGCGGGCCGUCAUCCAGGAGCGUCUGCACGCAGGUCUCAACACGGGGGACGACAUACUGUACUUCGGGUGCCGCUCAGAGGCCAAAGACCACUACUACGGGGCGGAGUGGCGGGCGCUGGCGGCCGAGGGUAAGCUGACGUAUCGCGUUGCGUUCUCGCGGGAUGGUCCGGAGGGCAAGCCAAGGACGUACGUGCAGGACCUCAUCCGCGAGGACGCGAAGCGCAUAUGGGUGCUCGUGGGGGAGCGCGGUGCGUGGGUGUACAUCUCGGGGUCGUCGAACAAGAUGCCCGCGGCUGUGCGUGCUGCAAUAGCCCAUACAGUUCAGAGCGAGGGAGGGCGGACUGAGGAAAAGGCGAAGGAAUAUGUUGCGAGGAUGGAGAGGGAGGGGAGGCUUAUUGAGGAGUGUUGGAGCUGA